GGAGCCCCAGGGGCCCCAAGCUCGGCUCCCCACCCUAAAGACAAGCAGAGCCUUAAUAUACAAACAAGAGGCCGCUAUAGCUCAUCAUGGACAGGAGAGGCUCACACCCGAAGAAGGAUAUAAAACCGACCAAAUAUCGUGGCGAUAUAUGAAAAGUUAACUUUGCUCCAGGUUGAGUGCGUGGGGGGACGAGGGGCACCCAAAAAGCGAUGUGUCCGUUCGUGGUCUAGAUCGGUUGCAAAACGCGUGCUGAACGAUUCUCUAAAAAUACAGUUCCUACCUGGUCUAUCAGAGCGAAUUGAAAACAUUAGUAAAUAGUGUAACGUUGCAGAGUAAUGGAAGAGAAAGAGACCGGGGAGAGCGACCCUGUGGUCCUUCCGUGUGCUGAGCAGGCAGAUUCUCUCUCAUUAAUAAUAAGCGGAGAGGAGGAAGCGACGCAAGAGCAAAGUGACUUGGGACACUGUUCAGGAGAGAAGGACGGUCUGACCAAUGGCCAGGUGGGCGAUGAUGACGAGGAAGAGAUGGUGACCCCCCUUUGGUCCCCGGGCACCAGCUACUGGAGUGUCACCGAGGGUCCGGACUCCCCCUUCCUCCUUUCUCCCAUCCCGGGCCCCUCUGGAUGCAAAGAGAAGGUCCAAUGCGCCUCCCGACCCGGCCUCAGCCGCAUCCCGGGCAGAGAUCAUCGGCGCUAUUACCACGAGUACUGGCGCAGCGAGUUCCUGAUGGACUUUGACCCCCGUCGCCACGGCAUGAUCUGCAUGGUGUGUGGGAGCUCGCUGGCCACGCUCAAACUCAGUACCAUCAAGAGGCAUAUUAGACAGAAGCACCCGGACUCUCUGCUGUGGAGCGCGGCCGACAAGGAGGUGAUCCGCUCGGGCUGGGAGAGCCACCUGAGUCUGGAGGGGGGCCAGAGGCUGUACUGUCCGGCCGGAGGGGUGGCCGCCAUCUCCCAGGGACAGGAGGAGGAGCUGCUGGACUGUGCUCGCCACUCCACUGGAAAACCUGGUGGUAUGGUGUCCCCCAAACUCCAGCCCCGGUCUCCGACCCCAUCACCCCCUCCCUCAGUCCCCCUCCAGCAGGAAGACCUCCCCGGGCCCUCUGCCAAGACCCUGGAGCGCUACCUGAACGACUCGCUCCACGCCUGGUUCCGACAGGAGUUCCUCAUGGAGUACCAGGCGGAGGAGGGCAGGCUGGUGUGCAUGGUGUGCGGCCGCCCGCUGCCCUCGCUCCACCUGGACCACAUCAAGAGCCACAUGCUUGACAUUCACCCCCAGUCGCUGGUCUACAGCUCGGAGGAGAAGCACUGCAUCCUGCAGACUUGGGCCCAGACACAUGUAUCCGACCCUCUAAACGACUUCAUCAAAUCUGAGCCCAACACCAAAGACGAGAGAGAUGCUGGGGUGGACUUCUCUGAAGACCUGGAGACCAUUCAGAUCGGCUCAGACACGUAUGCAGAGGACAACGAUGAGGCGUUAUCCGAGAUGCAGGACGUGGGUGUUGGCGUUGGUGGAGCUCCAGAGAUGACCUCUCCCAUACCCCCUCUCCCUCUCCACCAACCCAGGAAGAGGCGUCUCCGUGGGGGCUUCCCCUGGCGGCUGCGCCUGGACUACAUGGUGGCCUACGGACCCCAGGGUCGUGGCACCUUCUGCAUGGUGUGCUCCCAGGCCCUGCCCAUGGCCAAGGUGAGCAGCUUCCGCCGCCACAUCCAGGAAUGCCACCCUGAGACCACCAGCCUGGCCCGGGAGGAGAGGGAUGCCAUGGCCGAGGCCUGGACCAAAGAGGCUCCCAUGGAAGACAACCCUGCCGUGCAGAUGAAAGAAGAAGUAGACCCCAGUGACAUUGUCAUUCUCCCUGUGGCGAGAGAGAUGGCCGACAACAACAACAACCGGACCACCAAGAUGGCCACCACCAAGGCCGUAAAGAAGGAGGAGGGGGUCACCACCAUGCCUGCCACUCCGGGGCGCCACGGCCACUACCCGGGCAAGGACCAGCGGCGGAACUACCAGGUGCGCUGGAGGAUGGAGUUUCUGAUGGACUAUGACUGCCGGAGACACGGGUUGAUCUGUAUGGUGUGCGGGGCAACGUUAGCCACUCUCAAAGUCAGCACCAUCAAGAGACACAUUCAACAGGUUCACCCUCAUUCUCUGGUGUAUGGCCCAGACGAGAGACAGCAGGCACUGCUCAGCUACAACCAGACUGCCCUGCACUUCGUCCACUCGGAUGACUGUUUCUCCUCACAAGACCACGGACACACGGCACUCGGACAGACGACUGCCGGCCUCUUAGUCCGCUAGGACGAGGGGCGCCAGGCCUGGUUGUUCUCUAUCCACCCCCACUUUCCUUCCUUUCCAAGUCUCUUUCUCAGGAAGUUAGAAACAAGGCUUGGUAGAGGUCUGUCAUGAGUUGUGCAGCGACUGGCACAGUUGGUGAUUGUUUCAGCGAGCAUACAAUAUAGCACUUCCUGUCCCAAAAAUGUACUAAACCUAGAUUUGGGUAUGCAGGUGAUUGAAUGAGAGAGUGUUUGAGGUGAAUUGCUAAAGACAAUGAACAACACUUAAAGAUGUGAUCAUCUUUAGUGACUCAAUUACAUCCCGUUAUUUAAAAAGGAAAUUCCUUGUUUACAAUGAGGUAAAUAGGCGUCCUCCAGAGAUUUAUCUCAUUCUUGAAUUAGAAGAUCUCAUCUCCCAUGUCUUCUCCAGUGUCACAGCACCAUUGUUACAAUGGCCCACAGCUAUUUCUGAUGAUCUUAUUAGCAAAACAAAGCUGCACACACAAAAAUCUAUGUAAAUAGUGUUGAAUAUUUGAAUUAUGAUUUACUUUUACAAGCACUUUUACACGUGGUUUUUACAAAAAAUGUUUGUAAUUACGGCCAUUUUUUCUACUUCACUGAUAAAAUGAAAUGAUGCCACGUGAAUGUCAUUUUGCAUGGGAAUUCUGAAGUCAUGCAUGAUUGUGGAGGGAUUGCCUUCUACAGCUGAAGCACUUAGUUUAUGAGAGCAUUCUAGCUUUAUUUAUAGAAGAUUUCACAUGCAAGGCUUCCAUUUCAGUAACUCACAUAUUACAAGGUUUAUGCAACAAUGAACAACAAUUAACUACAUUUAAAAAAAAAAAUAAUGGCAACAGCAUCAGGAAAUAAAUCACCAAAUUAACCACCUCUGAAAUGACCCCCUCACUCGCCCUUAUUUCAGUGACCUCUGAAAUAUCACUCCACCAGGAAAAAGAACAACUCAGGGAUUGUCUGUUUUUCCAUCUGUGCUCGCUUGUUAGCUUGUCAAAAUUAGCGCAUACAUUGGUUGUCAUUCAUUUGAAUUGUUUUACUGUCAACUGUAGUUAAAAAGGGUCCUAUCGGAUUCCAACAACAGUGAAAGUAACGUUGUUCCACAGCUGGAACAAACGACAGGCAACAAAAGAGUGUGAACGACAAACUACACUUACCAUGACAACAGUUUACAACCCAUGGACUUAACUGUCUCAUUCAAAGAACCAAAUGGCAGCAUUUGUCCAGUUGUUAUGUGGAGAGGAAGUGACAUCAGUGUUGAAUAUCACUUCCUCUAACCUAAGCUGCCUAUGUUGCUGACUUCGGCUGUGUGAAAACGUUACUGACAUUCAAAUCCUUGCUUUCUCUGUCCUUGUUUCCUCAAUUCCUCUCAAAGCGCAUUGCAGGUCCAGGGGGAGGGGAGGGGGGACCUUCGAUCUUCUCUAAUGUGCUUUGAGAGUUGAGGAAACCAGGACGGAGGAAGCAAGGAUUUGACAGAUGUUUUCAGACACAGCCCUAGUUGACGCAGUGGGCAUUUUGGCAUACAGGGGAUGGGCAAGGAGAGGUGAAAUAAUUCCAUCUGAGCUUGGAGUGGCCACGGAAUCAGGUUGUAAGAAGCUUUGUGACUCAGCACUUAAAUGUACAAAAAUAGGACUUAAAUAUGGCAAAGUGAUUGAAUAAAAAUACACCUUGUCUAUUGCAAUGAUUUACAUGUAUGUUUGUGUCAGUGUGUGUAUAGGGGGCACGUUAAAAAUACCCUUUGGUGGUACUUCGUUAGCUUGGGUGAGGACAAGCAAUUAUCUUUUUUUAAGGGACUGAUUUCAUGGUCUUCCCUCUAUUUCUUGUUUCUCGAGUAUCCACCCUGUAUUCAACCUGUACAUGGCAAAAGGUUGAUAUGCAUUCUGUCCUCAAUGAGCCUUGUAAUAAAAAGAAGGAUCUGAAUAAUA